GCCAAUCCACUGGCGACCUCCGCGCGGCACGGACUCGUGCGCACUCGAUACACACACGAUACGUUUUCACACGAUACGCGAUGCCGAUGGCGGCGAUUCACGGCUAUCAAAAUCUGGGUGUCGAUCAAAAACUGACGCACCUGCAAACUCCUGCACCGAGGAGACUGGCACCGGCUCCAGUUGACACGACCCGCUGCAAGAAGAGAUCUUAUCUUCAUCAGCCGUACCCAACCCAGCCUGCUUCAGUGGCCCGGAGGAAUGCGCGAGAGCGGAAUAGAGUGAAACAAGUCAACAACGGAUUUGCGGCACUCCGACAACAUAUUCCCUCGGCUGUGACGGCUGCUCUUGCAGGCGGCAGAGGUUCCUCCAGAAAAUUAAGCAAGGUAGAUACUUUACGGCUAGCAGUAGAGUACAUUAAAAGCUUAAAGAGGCUUUUAGAUGAAAGCGAUGAUGGAUGUUCAGAUACCCAAUUAGGGCUUGGAUUAUCUACGACAGGCUCGCAAACGCCACCAUCAUCGGAAGAAUCUCAUUCUCCAGCCCCAUCAUUCGUGUCUGAAAGUUCUGCAGGGCCUAAUUGUCAUGACGUAUACGAUGCCUACGAACCCAUGAGUCCAGAAGACGAGGAACUACUUGACGUCAUAUCGUGGUGGCAACAACAGUGACAAAGGGAACGAGCCUUGCAGUGAACAAAGUGGGGCCAUUGAGCGGCAAUUGGUGAUUAUGAAAAAAACGAGUAUUCCUCAAGGGAGACCCGAUGGAGCGCGAGGGACUCCGAGAGAGCCUCUAAUUAAGCGUAAUCAGUAUAUUCCUAAUGAGUGGGGAUAAUGGUGGACAACGACGAGCUCAUCGACGCAUUCCGUCGAGCGACUUUACUUCGAACGAACGCUGCAUUUCAUACAUCAAUGGAAUAGCAGCUCCAAGACUGAAACGAUCACUUGUUCCAUACAAGCAUUUAAAGUUAUAUUAGUACCGCUGUGCCUUAGUUUUAACGUUAGAUAGUAAAACUUCCAUUAAAUUAUAGCCUAUACAAUUGUUAUCUAGUCAUUAUCUUUAAGAAUGCUGUUUAAUUCGUAUUAUAUUAUUAUAAUUCGGUGUAUGUGGACCAAUGCCCGUAUUAUAAAUAUUUAAUGGAAUGAUCAAAAGCCAACUUACUUUACGUAAGGAUCUAUGAGACAAAGACUUUUAGUUAAUAAAGUUAAUAUUAGUAUUACAAGCAUGAUUCCUAAUAAUGUAAGAUGUUAUUAAGAUCCAUUGUUACUAUUGAGCACUUGGUUUUUUUUUGUAAAUAGAUCAAAAUAAAUGAUUCCU